UUAAUGUGUUGUCAAGAAUGAGCAAGAAACAGACAGCCUCGGUUUGUCAGGGCAGAUUCAGGAUGUUACACAAGAAACUUUACAGUGUGAGCAGGCAGGAACAUUACAAAGGCCAGCAAUUCAACGCAUCAGGAUCAAUUUAAUUAUCCAUUGUAGAGACUCUUCGACUCCAAGUCCUAUCCUAUACAGGAAAACUUACUGGCUGAAAUGAUGAACAAUGAACCCCAAGCUGCUUCUUCUGCGCACUAUGGAGCUGGACCUGGAGAUGCUAGACCUGUGGAGUGUGAUGCCUGCAUUGGGAGAAAACGCAAAGCCACCAAUUCCUGUCUGGUGUGUCUGGCCUCCUACUGUGAAGAUCAUCUUAAACCUCACUAUCAGUCUCAGGCUUUUAAGAAACACAAGUUAGUUGAAGCCUGUGCAGAUCUCCAAGAGAAGAUCUGCUCUCAGCACGACAAACUGAUGGAGAUCUACUGCCGUACUGACCAAAGCUUCAUCUGUUACUUUUGUACGAUGAAAGAACAUAAAGGCCAUGAAACUGUUCCAGCUGAAGAUGAAAGGAAUAAAAAACAGAAUGAGCUAAAGGACAAGCAGAUGAAAUUCCAGCAGAGGAUCCAGGAGAAGCAGAAGAAGGUGCAGGAACUCAAACAGACUAGGGAAAGUAUCCAGACACGUUACCAAGCAGCAGUGGAUGAUAAUGAGGAGAUCUUUACUGAGCUGAUCAUCUCCAUGAAGAAAAGGCGCUCAGAGGUGACGGAGCUGAUCAGAAAUCAGGAGAAAGCUGAUUUGAAUCAAAAUCAACAUUUUCGAGAGCAACUGAAGCAGGAAAUUUCUGAUCUUCAGAGGAGAGUCAGUGAUCUGGAGCAGCUUUCACACACACCUGAUCACAUCCACUUUCUCCAGAGUUUCCCGUCUCUCUGUGUUUCUCCUGAAUGUGACGGCUCACCCAGCUUCACCAUCAAUCAUCAUCCCUCAUUUGAUGAAGUGAGGAAAUCUGUUUCAAAUCUGAAAAAGCGAGUCAAGAAAAUCUGUCAGGAGGAAUUCAAGAACAUCUAUCCACAUGUUAGAACGUUUUUACUUUCAAAACCAGACGGCAGAGAUGAUUUUCUGAAAGAUUUCAUUCAUCUUACUCUGGAUCCAAACACAGCACAUAAACAACUCCUUCUAUCUGAGGAGAACAGAGUCGUGAGACGUGAAAGGGCAGCCCAACGAUUCUCUGAUCAUCCAGAGAGAUUUGACUUCAAACCUCAACUGUUGUGUAAAGAGAGUGUGUGUGGGCGUGGUUACUGGGAGGUGGAGUGGAACAGGAUGGGUGUGGAGAUAUCAGUCUCAUAUAAAGACAUCCGCCGGAAAGGAGAUGGUGAUGAAAGUGUGUUUGGACGCAACAGUCAGUCCUGGAGUUUGUGGUGUUCUCCUUCCUUAGUCUCGUUUUGGCACAACAACAUAAAGACUGUGCUCCCAAGUCCUGCGUCCUAUAGAAUAGGAGUGUAUGUGGAUCACAGUGCAGGAACUCUGUCCUUCUACAACGUCUCUGACACCAUGAGACUCCUCCACAGAGUCCACACCACCUUCACUCAGCCGCUAUACCCGGGGUUCAGUGUGUGUUAUUAUCAUUCAGCUGUGAGAUUAGGUGAUAAGAUGUUUGUUAAAGCACAAAAGAAUGUGUAAUACUCUAAUGUAAUACUAGAAUGUGUAAUACUCUAACGGUGUAUGUACUUUACAUUUUUGCUGAACUUGCUGUUCAUGGAAACAGAUCUUACUGUGUGUAAAAACACAUUUGUUAUCCUACAUGUAUCUUUCAUGAUAUUGCUUUGGAGAAAUGUUACAACCUUUUUAAUUCAUUACUGUGAAAUAUCUUAUCAAGCGAAAUCUGUUGAUAGUAAGUGUCCAGCAAUUUACUCCUGUGUGAUUUAAAGGAGGGUUUAAAUGAAUAUUCUGAAUAAAAAAACAG